UCCAUUUUGCACAAAGCUCCCGAGAUAUCUUUAAGAUGGCGUCUAACGCAUUGAUCAAGGUGAAAAUUCAGCGUAAUGCUAACGCCAAAAAUAAAAACGACGACGGUAACGCUGCUGCUGAGCCUAUCAAGGAGUCCCAGGCAGGAAGUCAAUCCACAACACCACAAGCAAACCAAAAUGACAAGCGCAAAGAGAAGGGUGUGAAGAGGACAAACCGUUUUGAGCCAUACAAUCCUCAAAGGCGUUUCAGAGCUUUCAUCUCUAACAUCCCCUUUGAUAUCAAAUGGCAGGCAUUGAAGGACCUUGUUAAGGAGAAAGUUGGUGAGGUAACAUACGUGGAGCUCUUUAUGGACGAUGAAGGAAAGUCAAGGGGAUGCGCGACUGUUGAAUUUAAGCAGGAAGAAAGUAUGAAGAAAGCAGUUCAAGCUCUGAACAAGCAUUCUCUGAAUGGGAGGCCACUGAAAGUGAAAGAGGAUCCUGAUGGUGAGCGGUCUAGAAGAGUUGCCCAAAAUAUCUUUGGCCCUGGCCCUAUGGGAAUGCCUGGUCCUAUGCCUAUGGGAAUGCCUGGACCUAUGGGAAUGCCUGGACCUAUGGGAAUGCCUGGACCUAUGGGAAUGCCAGGGCCUGGACCUAUGGGAAUGCCUGGGCCUAUGGGAAUGCCUGGACCUGGUCCUGUCGGUGCUAACAUCCCACCCAGUAUUCUUAACAACCCAAACAUACCCAGAGAGGUUAUCCAUGCCUUGCAGUCAGGAAGACUUGGCAGUACAGUGUUUGUAGCCAAUCUUGACUACAGUGUGGGCUGGAAGAAGCUGAAAGAAGUCUUUAGCAUUGCUGGAGUUGUCUUAAGAGCAGAUGUGCUGGAAGACAAGGAUGGAAAAAGCCGUGGAAUUGCCAAUGUCACCUUUGAGCAGCCUAUUGAGGCAGUGCAGGCUAUUUCCAUGUUUAAUGGCCAGCUGUUGUUUGACAGACCUAUGAUGGUGAAAAUAGAUGACAAGUCACUGCCCAAAGGAGAUUCAUUUCCAGCAGACCGUCCUCCACAGCUUCCACAUGGUCUUGGGGGUAUUGGCAUGGGCCUUGGACCUGGAGGUCAGCCAAUAGAUGUUAACCAUCUUAGAGAUGUAAAUGUAAGAGGACCAAACAUGGGGGGCAUAGGAGGAAUGGGACCAAUGGACUUUGGCAUGAAUAAGAUGGGUGGAAUUGAUGGGCCCCCAGUUGGUGCAAAUAGUCUAAACAGCAUGAACAGAUUUGGAUCAGGCCUGGGCAUUGGAAGACUAAGUGGAGAACUUGAUCGAGGAUUAAGUGGCAGUUUUGAUAGAAGUGAAUUGAGCUCAUUAUCAAGAGGUUACAGUGAUUCACUUGACAGAGGAAUAGGUUCUGGAACAAGUAACUUAGUCUCUGGUAUUGACAGGCUGGGUUCUGGCAUUGGGAGGGGAGUCGAUAGAGUAGGGUCAGAUAUUGAUAGAAUGGGUCUAGUUAUGGAUCGUAUGGGUCCUAGUGCAGAUAGGUUGAGUACUGGUAUGGGUUCAGGAAUGGGGUCUUUGGGAAUGGACCCAAUUUCAUCCAGCAUUGAUAGAAUAGUGGCUAACAGUUUAGAUCGAAUGAGCACUGGCAUAGGAUACAAUGUGGAUAGAAUGGGCUCAUCAGUUGAUAGAGUUGGCCCAAAUUUAGACAGAAUGGGACCAAGCUUAGAUCGCAUUGGCUCUGGUAUGGAUAGGGUGGGUGUUGGCAUUGACCGCCUAAAUUCCAGUUCCUUAGAUAGAAUGGGAUCAGGAAUUGAUCGUAUGGGUCCCAUUAUGGACAGGAUGCCUGCAGUAGAUCGCCUUGGUGCUAGCCCUAUGAACAGAGUUGGGUUAGAUCGUAUUGGCUCCAGCUCCUUAGACAGGAUGGGAUCAUCAAUUGGCAUGGGUUCAGGCAUGGGAAUGGGAAUGGGAUCAAGCUUUGACAGGCCAAUGGACAUAGACCACAACAAGUUUGGCAGCAACUUUGGAGGAUCUUUCGGAGGGGCGGCCGGGUCUCGACCAGCUACAGCACCUCGCAAAGGAUGCCAGAUAUUUGUUAGAAAUCUUUCCUUUGAUUGUACCUGGAAAAUGUUGAAGGACAAGUUUAGUGAAUGCGGCCAUGUGAUAUAUGCAGACAUAAAAUCGGAAAACGGGAAAUCAAAAGGCUGCGGUGUGGUGAAGUUUGAGAUCCCUGAAGUAGCUGAGCGAGCCUGUCGUAUGAUGAAUGGAACCAUGCUUGGUGGAAGAGAGAUUGAUGUUAGGAUGGAUAGAAACGCUUAGAUUUUUCUGUAGGAAGAAGCAACUUUCUUGUAAAAUUUUAUAUUGUUUGUAAGAUUGUGAAAUCCAGAGACGUUUGGGCUUUUGAAUAGUUUAGUUUUUUUUUUAAUUUGGGGGAAUAGGAUGCCAUUUUACUGUGACAAUAUGGACGUUUUAUUUUGUAGUUUUGUUAACCUCUGUAACACUUUAUGUAUUGUAUAAUAAAUACAAGCUGUUGAGGCAGCAAAGUUUUGAUUUGUCAUUUCUAUGAGAAUCUAGGUUUAAAUAGCCGUUCACAUCUUCAAGCUUUAGUCCCUGCAGCCACAUACCAUUUGUAUUUAGUCUAGGUUAUUACCUACAGUCUUAACAUUCCUGAAUUUGUCUCCUAUGCAUAUACAUUGCCUAUAAUUUUAUAAUAAAUAUUGUAAUUAAAGAAA